AUGAGGCAGCCUCUUCUGUCUCCGCAAGAUGCGGAGCUGGGAGCGGCGAGAUCGUCAAGAGCACCGGCGCCGCCACUUGACGCCGCCGACGGCGACGGAGGCGGAAAUCCGAGCUCCGAUAUUCGGGACACGCAUGUACAAGGAAACGCGGCUCGUUCCGCAGACGCAGAUGGAGGCGGCGCGGACUCCUCCUUAGGUCACUCUCACUACUCGCACCGAUCGCCAUGGCUACGUGCCGCGCUCCUCGGAUCUAACGACGGUCUAGUUUCCAUUACCUCCUUAAUGCUCGGAGUCGGCGCUGUAGACACCUCCCGAACGAUAAUGGUUAUAUCGGGGCUGUCGGGGCUUAUAGCGGGGGCGUGCAGCAUGGCUAUUGGCGAGUACAUUUCGGUAUACGGCCAGCGCGACUCGGAGGAGGCGGAUCUGAAAAAAGAGCGGGAAGAAUUCGAGAAGGGGCCCGAGGCGGUAGCGCUGGAGUUGACCGAGCUGACGCAGAUCUACGUGGCGCGCGGAGUGCCGUACGAUCUGGCGCGGCAGGUGGCGGAGGCGUUACAUGCGAGUGAUCCAAUAAGGGCACACGCGAGAGAGGAACUGGGGAUUGACUUGGAUGACUUGUCGGAUCCGGGGCAGGCGGCAGUGGUUUCAGCUAUCUCUUUCUUUCUAGGGGGAAUCCUUCCCCUCCUUUCAGGCUGCUUCAUUACAGAUUACAAGGCGCGCAUAACUGUACUUGUCGCCCUAUCCACCACGCUCUUUGUCUUUUUGGGCGCGCUCGGCGCGUGGCUGGGCGGCGCAUCUCAAGUCCGGGCGGCACUGAGGACGACUGUGGGCGGCUGGCUGGCCAUGGCGAUCACCUACUCGGUCGUGUGGGCUUUCGGUACUUCAGGUGUUUAG